AUGACGACUGGAAAGACACCUGCAGAAAACAUGCUCUGGGGUGGGCGCUUCACAGGCGGCCUCGAUCCCCUCAUGCUCAAAUACAAUGCGAGUAUUUCGUAUGACAAGCUCCUGUAUAAGGAAGAUAUCCUCGGCAGUAUUGCGUUUGCACGCGCAAACGCCAAGUCUGGCAUCAUAUCCAAGAGCGAGUUCACCGAAAUCGAGAGAGGUCUCCGGGAGGUUCAGAAGGAGUGGGAGGCAGGUGCCUUUGUUAUCAUGCCCAACGAUGAAGAUAUUCACACUGCCAAUGAGCGCCGGCUCAGCGAGAUUAUUGGCAAGGACAUUGCUGGCAAAUUGCAUACGGGUCGCAGCCGCAACGAGCAGGUUGUCUGCGACAUGCGUCUGUGGCUUCGCAACCAGAUCCAGGAGAUUGAGAGCCACCUAGUUGCCUUGAUUGAGGUUAUUGCCGACCGCGCCGAGGCCGAGUGCGGCAUCAUCAUGCCUGGGUAUACCCACCUCCAGCGUGCCAUGCCGGUUUUGUGGUCGCAGCAUCUGCUAUCAUUCGGCUUUUACUUUGCGAGCGAUCUUGAGCGGCUGCGCGAGACUGCGAAGCGUGUGAACAGGAGCCCACUUGGUUGUGGUGCUCUCGCCGGCAAUGGCUUCAGUAUCGAUCGCGACAUGAUGGCCGAGGAGCUGGGCUUUACAGGCCUUCUGUGGAACUCGAUGAAUGCUGUCAGUGACAGAGAUUUUGUCACUGAAUUCCUGCAAUGGGGAAGUAUGUUCAUGCAACAUGUUUCUCGAUGGGCCGAGGAUCUUAUUCUCUAUUCCUCUACAGAGUUCGGCUUUAUUUCUAUUGCUGAUGCUUAUUCCACCGGAAGUUCUCUCAUGCCGCACAAGAAGAACCCAGAUGGCCUGGAACUUUUGCGAGGAAAAGCCGGUCGAGCAUUUGGCCAUAUGGCUGGCCUCAUGAUGACCCAGAAGGGCCUACCGAGCACAUAUCAAAAGGACUUGCAGGAAAGCUGGGAACCCAUGUUGGAUCAUGUGAAGACUGUCUCUGACAGCCUUCAGAUUGCAAAGGGUAUCCUCACUACCCUUGCCGUUAAGCCAGAGCGUAUGAGGGCUGCCCUCGAUCCAUUCAUGCUGGCUACUGAUCUUGCUGAUUAUCUCGUACGAAAGGGUGUACCCUUUCGUGAGACGCACCAUAUUUCCGGGCGAUGCGUGGCUAAGAGCGAGGAGCUAGGUAUUCCGAUGAACGAGCUAUCGCUGGAGCAACUGCAGGCUAUUGAUAGCCGGUUUGGGGAGGAUGUUUCGCACACGUUUGACUACGAGAAAAGCGUCGAGAUGAGAUCAGUCAAGGGGGGGACUAGCCGGGCACGCGUCCUGGAGCAGGUCAAGGUUCUUAAGGCUAUGCUGGCUUAG